GUCGGUGGGGGAAAACCGGUGUUGUGUGUUGCCCCAGCUGUAGACAGGCGAAGCAGAGGCCAAGUGUUAUUUUGAAAUAAAAUGGCAUCGCAGUCGUUGGUGGUGCCCGAGUGAACCGUGAUGCCUCGACAGGUGGCUUCCCAGGUUGAGUAAGGACUGAGAGCACAGAUCAAGAGAGAGGAUCAUGGGCAAGCAGAACAGCAAGCUGAAACCUGAGGUACUCGAAGACCUCAGGCAAAACACAGAGUUCUCCGACGCAGAAAUCCAAGAGUGGUACAAAGGCUUCCUCAAGGACUGUCCCAGCGGUCACCUUAGUGUUGACGAGUUCAAAAAAAUAUACGGAAACUUCUUUCCUUAUGGCGACGCUUCAAAGUUUGCGGAACAUGUUUUCCGGACGUUUGACGCAAACGGCGACGGCACAAUUGACUUCCGGGAAUUCUUAUGCGCCCUGUCAGUAACCUCAAGAGGGAAGCUGGAGCAGAAGCUCAAAUGGGCUUUUAGCAUGUACGAUCUUGACGGCAACGGUUACAUUUCAAGACAGGAGAUGCUGGAAAUCGUUACGGCGAUAUACAAGAUGGUCGGCUCUGUGAUGAAGAUGCCAGAGGACGAGUCGACGCCAGAGAAGCGGACGGACAAGAUUUUCCGUCAGAUGGACAAGAACCAGGACGGCAAGCUGUCGCUGGAGGAGUUCAUCGAGGGCGCCAAGAGCGACCCGUCCAUCGUGCGGCUUUUGCAGUGCGAUCCGCAGGCCCAAUGACUCUUCUAAAGCAGCAACUGCAUCUAGCUCAAUGUGGGACGGGCCGUCUGGGUCGUGGGGCGCACACGACCCCGGCGGGACCCCACCAUGGGCUACUUGCGGCUGCUGCUUGGUGCCGUGCGAGCAGGCCACGUGUUCUCCUGAUUGCUUUCGUUUCGUUUCUCCUCCACUCGUGAAAAGAAUGAGUAAAGAGUCCAUUGCCAGCUGAAGAGGCGUCAGUUCUCCCGUCUCGACUGACACACAAGGAAACACCUGUAUGUUUGCAUAAUGUACCGUUAUGGAAAAAAUACACUCGCUCUCGCUGCCCCUACGAAUAUGAUUAACUUUUGUAAUUAAGUACGUUUCAUAGCUGAAAAUAUUUUAAUCCGUUAUAAUUUCGUGUACCAGCCUCCUGGGAUUUCCUUAUUACUCUUCAUUUGUAUCUGUACGCUUGCGUUUUUUUAAUUAAUUGAUUGAUUAUUAGCGAGGCUGCUAGUCGAGAUUCGGCCUUGAAUGCGAGCGUGGCGACGUCGACUGACGCUUUGACGACGAGGAGGAGGAAAAUGCCUUUCCUAAAUUAGAAACUGUAGCGGAUCGCCACCAAUGCGCACAAAGUCGAAUGUCGGCAGCCAAGUCUCCUGUACCACUCACUUGUUUUUCCGUUUCUUUUCCACGUUUUCAUGCCCGCGUGCGAGAAUAAUACUACUUGUAGCAGUUGUGUUUUCCUCUCAUGUCGCCAACAUUCCCCAGCAACUUUGAUAAUACUAUGUAAACGAGAAGUAGAGACCCCCUUUCGUGGCGGGACAAUGUCAGUGUUUAGAGGCGAGGACUGGUUUAUACACUACAACUUACUAAUCGUCUUGUAUAACAUUUUGUGUUUAGUGUUUUUGCUAUGCGUAUAACCUCCCCCUCCCCGAGAACCACCCCCAGUCCACCAGAUCGUUUGUCUUUUCUAUUCGUGGUUGAGGCCGCUCUGUGAGCCGUCUGCUGCGCGUUCCAGUCCCCCGGGGGGAAGACGGGGCGAGUUGCGGUGCUCGUCUCGGGGCCCGGACCCGCAGUCGGCCCGGUGAGCGACUGCUUUUUCCGGGCCGACUGCCACGGGCGCCCGAGAACCCGCCCCGACCCACCUGAGGAGGCGACCUCCAUCCCUUCAGCCGCGCAGCCACCCUUCUCUCCCGGUCGACAUCGGAGGGGAACGGAAGCGGUGGUUGCGCGAGACGCUCAAGUGCGGACUCAACCGCACGACUUACUGACUGUGGCCAUGCGAUGUUGAAUAUUAUAUAUACAAUAAUUAUUAUACAAAUAAACAUAUAAACUGAUAAUUUCACGAUACAAAACUCCCACUCCAUAGCGUAAUAAUUUACUGGAAAAAGUUAACUGUAAUUUAAAAGAAUCUAGUUGAUGAGAUAAAAAGAGGAUAAUGUGCAUAAAAACAUAAACACGCGCGACGACACACUAAUAAUUUUUAAAUUUUAAGGAUAACUGCAUAACGGUUUUUGCUCAUUCUCCAUACCGACGGGCGCCCCCCGGCACGGCCCGUGGUGGCCUCGAGGGGGCUCCGCCAGCUAAUCGCGUUUAGACGAAGAUUUGAAAUUUUUGCGGCGAGGCAUGCAGCGCGACAAAUUGCAAGGAAGCCACACUUCUAGGCGCAGAGAGUGUGUAUCGAUACAUUUAUACAUUUAUCAGCCGCCUAACACCUUAAUCAGUCACUUAACACUCACACACGUUGGUUCAGAACUAUUUGAAAUUUUAAUAGGAAAAAGUAUACACGGUCCACGGACGAAGUUGUUCCUUCUUCGGAAAUUUUAAAAUAAUUCAUCUUUCUCUCGCUUUCUGCAUAAUUGCAUAAUAAAACCCUAGCCUUUUCGGUGUGUGCUAUGAAAUUAAAAAACCUUCGAAUUCUCGUUUCGAUGAUUGAUUUCCUCCCCAAGCAUUUUGAUGUUGCGAACAUUUUAGACAAGCGAUGAAUUCUUGGACAAGACUGCUACGCAUAGCAGGUGCAUUUGAGUAAAGUAAAUAAUUAAUAAAGAAAAUCGUUUGUGGUGUGUAUAAAACUACCUGUAAAUAAAACCUUCACUCUAUCUGUGUGUAAGAUUCCUCCGCAAGAUAUGUAUGAAACCAUAAAUAUAUUAUAUGCUACGCAGAUUGAAAUUAAAAGAAAACCUACCGUUGUUAUCAUGGCAUCGCGAGGUGCCGCGCGCAAUUCAAGCACACACGCGAAUUUUUGCAUGGAAAUAAUUAUAUAAUAUAUUCACUAAACACGCGCGCACUACAACAUACGAGAAAAGCGCGGUUUAAAAAAUUGUUCUAUUGUUCGGUAACGCAAACACACAUACGAUCGUGUUGUUGAAGCAAGUUUCCGAAAGCGAUUCAAACCAACGCCGCCUGCUUAUCAUAUUCUCAGCGUAGUCGAACCGAUCUAGAGAUUUCAUCUACCGAAAAUCACGGCCCAGAGAAGUUGUAUUCAAAAAAUAUAGCUCAAAACGUGACUCGGAAUGGGCGAUUUCGACAAGUCGUGUAUUUAAUGUAACUAACUAGCCUGCUCGUGGUUGUUUCGUGAAAAACUGUAAUCGUGUCUCUGGGCGCUUUGAACACUCAGGAAAAUUGCGCGAAUGGGCGUCUGCCACCGUAAUUCACAAAGUGUCGGAGGACAUUUCACUCUGCAGGAUCGAGAGUUUCGAAAGGUGUUGUUAUUUUGGUUUCAUUUCCCCGUGCGUAUUCACUCCCGCUGCCCAUUAAUAAUAAAUUCUGCUCGGUGAUAAAAUGUUGUUGAAUAAUUAUAAAUGUACUCCGUAUAUAUUGUUAAAACAGCAAACACGAUUAUUAAAAUUACCUAUUUAAAAUAAAAGACGAACGUAUUCAGAACACUCGAGAAGUUUUCGAAAUGGAAAAUUACCGGUUGGUUCCGCGAGGAAAGAAAAUGGUAGGAAAUUCUGCAUCUUCUGGUCUGCCUUUUUAGCUCCCACCCCCAUGAAAAAAGAGUAGCACCGAAUUUUGCAAUGCAGCUAUGAAAAUAAAUUUUGUGGAAAUUUUUGCCCAUUUUCGGGCGAGAAACUCGCGCCAGAAGUGCACUUUUUGCAGAUUUCGAUUGGACACACACCUCGCUGUCCGACCGGUGGCCAUCGAGGGAUUUUCCGUUUCGCUUUUCCUUACGCGCGUGUCAUGGACGUGAAUUGCGCCUUUUUCACACUCACACUUAUUCAAAAUCGGUGUGUUUUUGAUAAAAAUCGCCGCUGCUGCGCUUGGUGUUGAUCGAAAUGGAAAAAAAAUUAAUCACGCGAGAUAUAAAAAAUGUAGCCUCUCUUUUGCUCUGCGCGGUUAUUCAAAGAAACUUUGAAAGCAAUAUAAUAUAUUCUGACGAGAAAGAAAACCAACACACACAGGUACGGACACACAAACAUGUUUUAUAUACAAUUCAAUGGUCAAUGUUGUCUCUGCUGCCGCGGGGCUCAAAAGUCGAAUUUCCGAUCCCCGCCUCGCCUUUCGUUUUGUGCGCCUUGAUUCCCCCUUCCAAUCUUCAUUUGUGUGAGAUAAUUCAAAUCACGUCGGUUAUGCAGCGAUCGUUUGGGCUUGUGCAAUAAUUUUCAGACAUAAAUUUUCACCCUCUGAUCGAAUCGAAUAUUAUAUUUUUGCUCUCUGCCUUAAGAGUAAGAGCGCUCUCGAUUCCAAUCAUUAAACAGCCGUUUGUACUUAAUGGGAAAAAUUUUGAAACACAAGCCUCUGCAUCGCUCGUUUCGUAGCGCGCCUCUUUAAUUUAUAAUCUAGUCUGUAAAAUUAUUUCUAGAGAUUUGAGUUUUUUAUGAGUCGGGAUAUUUUUCUUUUGAUCAUUAUUUCAAUCGACGGUUUCGCACAAAAUUGCUCCGAGCGAGUAUUAAUUUAACUUUAGUUGUAAUUAGUUUUGUCCGCAUUAUAAAAAUUAUCACACAGACACACCUUUUACAGUAGCGUUCGAUCGCUCCGAGUUGCAAUCAACCAGCCGUACAUAAGGUUAUUAUGUGUAUUUAUAUGUAAUGGGAAAUGAUCUUAGGUUUAAUCAGGAUUAACGAGUCACACACUAUUACUUGAGUUUGUAUAACAGCUGAUUCCCGUCGCCCUGUUGAUUUACACAAUUCUCGCUGAGAAGGAAACUUCGUAAUUUGUAAAAUUGCCUUCGAUGAAUAAACGUGUUACGAAUUCA